GAUGCUUUCUUUCUUGUUUAAUAUGAUAUUUUAUUUUUAUUUUUUAAUUUUUUUUUUGUAUUUUGAAAAUGGUUUCUUGAAGAAAUGGACAUGGAGGUUCUUGCCUUCUUGGGGAGGCUGAUAAUGAGGCAUUGGGGAUUCUUUUUUGUGGUCUCUUUGUUUCGUUGAUCUGAUGAAGUUCUGUUUCUGGGUUUUUAGAUAAACUGAUUGUUUUCCGUGGGUUGUGUCUUUCUGGGAAAGUAAAGCCCUUUUAUUUGUUUUGGAGGAUCUUUAGGUCAGCGUUUGUUAUCUAUCUUGGAUCUUCUAGGUUUUGGGUUUUUUGGGUUUGAUUUAUUGAUGGGGUUUUGUUGGGCCUUGCAAAGUGGGAAGUAUAUAAGUCCGUGAUCAGUGAUAAAUUCUUUUCAUUUUUCCUACAUUUUCUCUGCUACCAAACAGAACUUUAGGGUUUUGAUUAAUGGUUUGAUUGGAUUAGUUCUGUUAUCACUUGGCGGGUUCUCUUUCUCUGACUCUGUCUGUUGCCUACUGAUGCCUGUUUUCCCACUUACAUACGGAGAAAUUGCACAUUUUCCUGCAAAAGUGCCCCCGAUACAUAUACCUGUGGGUAGUUGCAUUUAGGAUCUAGUUUGGGCUGUGUUUUAACAAGAAAAUUGGAGGAAAGAUAACAAGAAUAAAUUUGAAUUUUGGCUGUCUAGUUGCUAAGAAAAAAAUUAACUCAGAUAAAUAAUUGUGUAUGUUUAUUUAAUCAUAUUUAUCUGUUUUCUUGGGGAACAAAAAGUAAAGGAGAAAUAUGUUAGGGAAUUCGAAUGUACUGGAGAAAGGUGAAAUGCUAGAAGAUUUUCCCCUAUUUUCCUUAGAUAAAUGUAAGGAAAGUUGAAAAAAAUGUUUAUUCCUCAACAAUUUAAUAUUCUUUCCCUGAACUUUUUCCACAGGUAACCAAGAGAAAAUUUUGUAAAUAUACUUACCUUUUUCCUUCCUUACUCUUUUCCUCUAUAUUUUCUUUUCCUCAAGCUCUCGGGGUACCAAACAUAGCCUUUAUCUUCCUCCUUACUCUCAGUUCACAGUAGGGGUUUGUUUUUCUUUUCCCUGAACUUUUUCCACAGGUAACCAAGAGAAAAUUUUGUAAAUAUACUUACCUUUUUCCUUCCUUACUCUUUUCCUCUAUAUUUUCCUUUCCUCAAGCUCUCGGGGUACCAAACAUAGCCUUUGUCUUCCUCCUUACUCUCAGUUCACAGUAGGGGUUUGUUUUUCUUUUUCCUGAUUUUGGGUUUUGAUAUGUUUCCGCAAUUUCUCAGUUCGUGUUGAUUUUAUUUUCUAAUUCUUUUCCUAAUUUUAAAUCUAACAUUUACACUGUUGCGGUGUUUAUUAUAUGACAAAGACUGCACACUGGACUCUUUUAAGCUUAUAAUGAAUGCAUAUUUCGGUGAUUUCUUGCCUCAGUUGUAAAAUGUAUCUUUUGAUGUUGCAGUGAAUAUGCAUUUGAUUCUGUGUACAUAAUGAAGUUUAUGAUUGGAGAAAACACAUCAUGACAUAUUUAGUGAAAUAUUUAGUCUUCCAUAGUUGAUUAUGUAAUGAUAAUAUCUUGAAGAAUUAUCUAUUACCGAUUGUGCGUGUUAGUGAAGAAUGUUUGAAGACCGAGAGAAUAAACUGUUACUUGGAGAGCUUUGAUAUUUUUUUUAUUCUAUGUUUUGUUGGCAAUUAUAUAUCACUAAUCUUACCCUCUUAGGACUUUAGAAUUGAAUCCGGCAUCCUUCAUUAAUACACAUGAAAUACUUUUUAAUUUUAUUUGUACGCACAAUUCUAGACUUGAAUAAAUUAUAGGUUUUAAAAGGAUUGAACAUGUAAAUUUGUAUUUAAUACGUAUUUGGCAGUAUGAGAAACAUGUGAAUUUGGUAAUCAGAAAUUUCCCGAUGCUUGGAUGCCUGAGGAUGGAUAAGAUCUUUUUGCUGUAAAGAAUCAGUAGCUUGAGUGGAGUAUACUUAGCCAUGUAGUUACAUUUUUGAGACAUGCUGACUUGAUGGAUAUAUCUCAGUAUUGCAGAUUCCAGAAACUUAGCAGUAUCGAUACUGUUCAAUUGGGGCCUGCUUAUGUGAUAAAAGGUCCUUUUGGCAGUCGCUUGAUCAUUCUCAUAUCUGAGACUCUGACCACUGGACUUGAAGAAGUUGUUGGCUUGGCUUGCUGAAGUUUAAUCUGUUUUCAGCAAAACUAGCAGAAGCUCUGAAAAAGAUUCCACUUAUUUUGUUCCUAUGGCGACUAAUGAAAAUCUUCCACCAAAUGUAAUAAAGCAACUUGCAAAGGAGUUAAAGAAUCUUGAUGAGACCCCUCCUGAGGGCAUUAAAGUAGUUGUAAAUGAUGAUGAUUUUUCAACUAUAUUUGCUGAUGUUGAAGGCCCAGCUGGGACUCCAUAUGAGAAUGGUGUUUUCCGGAUGAAGUUGUUAUUGUCUCAUGACUUCCCUCAUUCCCCUCCUAAAGGUUACUUCCUGACUAAGAUUUUCCAUCCAAACAUUGCAACCAAUGGUGAGAUCUGCGUCAACACACUCAAAAAGGAUUGGAACCCAAGCCUUGGACUGCGACAUGUCCUCAUUGUGGUCAGGUGUUUGCUGAUCGAACCAUUUCCAGAAUCAGCCUUGAAUGAACAGGCUGGCAAGAUGCUGCUUGAAAAUUAUGAGGAGUAUGCCAGGCAUGCAAGGAUUUACACUGGAAUUCAUGCCCUAAAGCCAAAACCCAAGUUUAAAACAGGAGCUAUUUCUGAGUCAACCACAGCCCUGAAUGUUGACCAAACGAACAGCUCAGUUCUUAAUGUUGAGCAGAAGAACACAGCAUUACAAUUGCCACCAUCCUCCUUGGCCACAUGUAUGACAGCAGGCGGCGGUAAAGGAGGAGGAAAUGGUCAGGCUCCAACCACUGAAACAGGAGUUAGUGGAUCUGCUGCAGCAACACCACAUAAGAAGGAAAGUGGAUUGGCAAAAGUUCAGGCAGACAAGAAGAAGAUGGAUGCAAGAAAGAAAAGUUUGAAGAGAUUAUGAAGUUGGGAGAAACGGUUGCAAAUUUCUGUGUUUGGGAGUUUCUGACUGAACCUUUGUUGUUUAUUUCAUAGACAAAGGGGUGACAGUCAUAAAAGUAUUGUGCGAUGGAUAUUUCCCUUGAUUAAUGUUAAUUGACCCUCCUCUCUCGUUUUUAUCUUUUCA